AUGUUCAGCUACCUCUGCUGCAACUUGCUCAUCGACUAUGGAAGCGGCGAGCGGUAUUUCGCUGCGACCUUCAAUGGUUGGGACCUCGGCAAUGCCACGCAGGGCCGGGAGCCGAGUUACACCGUCUUCAACCCCAUCGGCCAGGUGGAGCGCAAUGAUCCGGAUGGAGAGCAUAUUUGGAAGGAGGUGCCGGAGUUGAAGAAGGAGUUCGACAAGCUUGGGUAUCCAAACCAAAAUGUAGAUUGGGAUGAGAUGAAGCAAAGGGCCGCGGAGGGCCUCUUCAAUUCCUUCACUAUUCCUCUUGACUGCUUCAUUCACGUGCCAUUAGGCCGUGAUCCGCAAUUUUGCUAA